AUGGCGGUGGUGGCUCCGUUAGUACUGUCCGAAGAGGCCGUGGUGAGCCUGCUUGGUGGAGAGGAUGCUAUCCAUGAUUCUUUUUUCUAUCUCUGUGGCCGACUUCUGUCCAAGAAGGCGGUGGUGCUUUCGUCGUUUUCAGCGGCGAUCUCCAAUGUGUGGGGAUUGAAGGAGAGGGUUUUGAUCCGGCAGGAGGAGGAGGACAUCUUUGUCUUCCAAUUUAAGGAGAUGGGGGUGAAGAAUCGGGUACUCUCGGGGGGUCCUUGGUUCUAUAACAACUCCAUGCUGUUGCUGGCGGAUUACGACGGAGUCUCUGACCUAGGAGCGGCGCCGCUGCAUCUCCUUGAGGUGUGGGUGGCUGUGAAAGGGUUGCGGAUAGCGAUGCGGAAUGAGAAAGCCCUAACCCUAAUCGGACGCGUACUGGGGGACUUUGUUCGAGUUGAUCAGGGAGCGAUCCACAACUUGACUUCUAGUAUGUCAAUGGAAACUUCCUUGGAACUCUUGUGUCGUUUCGUACCACAAUAG